GAGGUGGUGCCGGCGGGCGAGGUGGUGCCGGCGGGCGGCAUGCUGAGGCUGCUGGUGUCCGGCUGCGCCCGCGGCCUGGGGGCCCGCGGGGGCGCACGGGGGCUGCCCCCCGCCGGGCUCCGCUACCCCUGCCGCAGCCUGAGCAGCAAGGCCGCUGACCCCCCCUUCAACCAGCCCCCCAGUUCCGAGUUCGUGGCCCGGUCGGUGGGCGUUUGCUCUAUGAUGCGGCUGCCGGUGCAGACCUCCCCCGAGGGGCUGGACGCCGCCUUCGUCGGGGUGCCUCUGGACAUCGGGACCUCCAACCGGCCCGGGGCCAGAUUUGGACCCCGCCGGAUCCGGGAGGAGUCUGUGAUGAUCCGGAGAGUCAACCCCAGCACCAGGGCCGUCCCUUUCCAGUCGCUCAUGGUUGCAGACCUCGGCGAUGUCAAUGUCAAUCUUUACAACCUCCAGGACAGCUGCCGCCGGAUUCGAGAGGCCUAUGAGAAAAUCAUAGCAGCUGGCUGUAUUCCUCUGACCUUGGGUGGAGACCACACAAUCACAUAUCCCAUAUUGCAAGCAGUGGCAAAAAAGCAUGGCCCCGUGGGGCUGGUGCAUGUGGACGCGCACAUGGACACGGCCGACAAGGCCCUGGGAGAGAAGCUCUACCAUGGGACGCCCUUCCGCCGCUGUGUGGACGAGGGGCUCCUGGACUGCAAGCGUGUGGUGCAGAUCGGCAUCCGGGGCUCUUCUGUGACCCUGGAUACCUACAGAUACAGCCGGAGCCAGGGGUUCCGGGUAGUCCUGGCUGAAGACUGCUGGAUGAAGUCCCUGGUUCCUCUGAUGGGGGAGGUCAGGCAGCAGUUGGGGGGCAAACCCAUGUACAUCAGCUUUGAUAUUGACGGCUUGGAUCCUGCCUAUGCCCCAGGGACAGGGACUCCCGAAAUCGCUGGUCUCACCCCUAGUCAGGCCCUGGAGAUCAUCCGGGGUUGUCAAGGCCUGAACGUGGUGGGCUGUGAUCUUGUGGAAGUUUCCCCGCUAUACGAUCCUUCUGGCAACACGGCCCUCGUGGCGGCCAACCUGCUGUUUGAGAUGCUGUGUGCUCUCCCCAAGGUGAAAACCGUCUGAGCUGGUGUCCUCCAGGAUAAAACACCAGCUUGUGUCAAGGACAAGUUCUCUGGAAAGAAGUUAUGAGCAAGCAGCUGAAUCCUCAAGAGUUUAUGCCAA